AUGCCCUCCUACUUCUACAAGAUUUGCCUUGAAGUCCUACAAAACGCCUCAGACAGCAGCUGCACCAGCUCAGCCACUACUGACACAAUAUAUAAUUCGCUACGGCCGUUUUCCAAACAGCUGAGGUUUGGACACUCAAACCUGAUAAAUCAUUCAUCUCUUUCAAACAUUAAUUACAGCUCUGCAACGAGCGAAUUUGGCUUUACAAAAGAUUCACAGUAUUCCCCUUCCGUUAGUACUAAGGGCUUGCCAGCUCCUUACUCUACCGUACACUCAACGAACCCUACCAGCGAUAGGCGCGCCGAUAAUAUAUCCAUUGGCGGCAUCGAUAUGGUUCCAAAGCCAAACGAAUGCGACUUGAAUGCUCCGGAAGCUCGUGGUGGUGCUGAUAACAAUCAAAUAGCAAAAGGUAUUGGCUCAAGUGCCAUUGGGGGCCUGGCUACAAAGGGGAGAUAUGUUUCUCUCGAUCAAAAGGCAUCAGGUAGCGUAUGGGGCAUCAUUCAUCUCUUUCGUGAAGGCGAUCCUACUCCAGGUCUUUCUCGAAAUGAUGACGACGAUCCAUACUUCCUGAAGGGCUCUUCUGUUGCGCGAAACACAAAAUCAUCAGCUUCAAAGAAUCCCAGAUACUCAGAAAAAGGAGCGGAUGGCAAAGGGCCUGGUUUGCCUCUUUCUCUGGAGGACUGUACUACUCUGUGCAUUCUGGCUGUCCCUUCAUAUAUGUAUCCUUCGGACUUCAUAGGCUGGGUUGGCCAGGAAACGCAGAAUGAAGUCAGCCAUUUUCGUAUGAUCCGAACUGAGAGACGGAACCGUUAUAUGGUUUUAAUGAAGUUUCGGAAUGGUCGAAAGGCCGUCGAGUGGCAAAAAGAAUGGACUGGGAAGGUGUUCAAUAGCACAGAGCCUGAAACAUGUCAUGCGGUAUUCGUGAAGGAUGUCGAAAUUCUGACACCACAAACCUCACCAGAUACGAAGUUUCCAGACACUAAUAAUGAUCCAUUUAUUUCGCAAGCACAAUCCAGCGCUGCUGCUGUAGCUCCGUUGUCAUCUAAGCCGUUAGCUCCUCCUACGCCCUCACUUAUUGAACUACCGACGUGUCCUGUUUGUCUGGAACGUAUGGAUGAAACUAGCGGGCUCCUCACUAUAAUAUGCCAGCACGUCUUUCAUUGCACUUGCUUACAGAAAUGGAAAGGAAGUGGGUGUCCUGUAUGUCGUUACACACAGGAAGAUCUUGGGAAACGUGCUUCCACCUUCGGUUUUGAUGAGGAUCCGGCGGAGUGUUCUGUAUGUCAUUCUGAGGAGAAUCUUUGGAUAUGUUUGGUAUGCGGUAAUAUUGGAUGCGGCCGAUAUGAUGGCGCGCACGCGUUUGCACACUUUGAGGAAACGGAACAUUCGUUUGUAAUGGACCUAUCAUCACAGCGAGUCUGGGAUUAUAUUGGGGAUGGAUAUGUCCACCGAAUCAUUCAAAACAAGUCCGAUGGAAAGCUUCUGGAGCUGCCGGCAGCUGACCACAGUGCUCUAGAUCCACCAGAUUGGGACGAUGCCAUCCCGCGAGAAAAGUGGGAGAACAUGAGCCUGGAAUACACACACCUUCUUACAAGCCAAUUGGAAAGCCAGCGUACUUAUUUUGAAGAAAAGGUUGAGCGGGCUGCAGAUAAAGCGGCCCAAGCCAGUGCUGCCGCCUUGUCAGCACAAGAAACGGCAGAGAAUAUAGCUAAACAGUUCAAGGCAUUGCAAUCUGAUCAUGAGACACUUCUAAAAGAGACAAUGCCUGCUCUUGAAAAAGACAAAGAUCGGGCAGAAAGACGGGCAGAGAAAUUUGAGUUGCUAUCGCGCAAACUAGAAAAAGAGUACCGCGAAGAAAAAACCAUCAACAGUAGCUUGAUGGAGCGCGUGGGAUAUCUGACUAGUGAAGUCGACAAGCUGAAAACCGCUAAUGAAGAUUUGAGUGAGCAAAAUCGAGACCUCACGUUUUUCAUCAGCGGGUCUCAAAGGCUAAAAGAUCAAGGCGAAGACGUGGUUGAAGGCACCGUCACUGUUCCAGAACCCUCAAAGACUGGAAAGAAAAAGAAAGGAAAAGGCAAGAAAUGA